UGUACUAUAUAUCAUAUUUUAUUUUAUUGUUUUAUAGUUGUGUAUAGAUAUUUAAUUCGAAAUAUCUAGAAAUGUUUAUUUCAUUUUAUAUCACAUAGUUCAUAAUGAAGAGAAAAAGUUAAAAUAUCAAAAUAUCAAAAUGGCUAAGGAUUUGGAUAAAGAUUCUUUAUCGAGUGGCGACAAAAAUUCAAACGACAAACCACAAAAAACAUCUCGGAGUACCAAAAUCAUAAAGCAUGCUAAAGCUAAUAAAAGGGCCAGCGACAGUGUUAAAAGUGAGAACAAAUUAGAGAAUUGUCUACAAGUUCUUAAAAUCAAUAAUCAGUUAGAACAAGCAGCAGCUAAAAAUAAUUUGACAGCAGCUAAUGUUCGCAAAAUAUUAAAACGUGUUGUGUCUAAUGAACAUGUUUUGGCUAUUGUGAAGUUAAAAGAGUCGGAGAAAGAUAAUGAAGAAUCUGAAGGAAAGAAUGCGAAUGACUUACUUAAUAUUACACCACUUACUCGUUCUAAAGUGAAAGAGCUUCAACAAAAGGAUUUGCCUGUUGCAUGGCCAAUACCAGUUGUCAGUCCCGUUCAACCUACUACUACGCCUGAAGUAGCCGCUCUCAUAAACGAGGAACUGCCAGAUGAUUCUUCUGACGAGGAAUAUAAACCGUAUGACGAUAAUGUAAGCGAUGAUGAAAAAGAAUCUGCUGCAACUGCUAGUGAUGUUGAAUCAACUUUGAAUGUGUCUGCAAAUACGUCACAAGGUGUUGAUGUAUCGGCUGCGGAUUGCGAUACUAAUUGCACUAAUAACAGUUUGUUCAAAGUUCCUCAGACUUCUUCUAUUGAUGAUGAAACUAUUGCAUUAAGAACUCGAUCUAAGUUAUGUUUGAGCAGCACACAUAUAGAGACUAUAGAGAAAGCAUUUAUUCCACCUGACAUUACCAGUGAUAUGUAUGAUUGUGAUGACGUCGAUGGAGUGUGGAAAGAUUUUUUACACGAAUUUACGGAGCCUUUACGUCAACAUCAAGAAGAUGAUGAAGAAACUGAUCCUGAAUAUAAUGCACAAGUGGAAGAUAUUCCAGUUGAUAAAGAGGAGUUAAGAGAAGAUCAAGAAGUUACUGUCUCAAGAAGGGAAUUGAGUGAUCUAGUUGCAGAGUUAUUGGAUAUGAAUUCAUUACCAGAUAUGAACUCCUUUUGCAACACAAUUGAAAAUCCAAUUCAAAAUGUUGAUGAAAACCAAUAUCUUACCAUGAAUGAAAAUGAAAUCAUUUCUUGUGAAACCCAAACAGAUGAGGCAUCUUUUCCAACUGAAGGUGGGGAAGCGGAUCAAAGUAUUCAAACAAUUACAAUUGAAGUUAUCGAUAAUCUUGAUUUGACAAAUUCUGUCAUGACAACAACACAACGUUUAAUACUUGCUCAGCAGCUAAGACAACAUGUGCAAUUAAGCACACAACAUUUUUUACAACUUUAUGGACAUCCUGAGUUGUGGGCUCUUGCUGACAUUUGCAAACAAAAUUUGCAUAAUCUUGCUGAUACUAAUUCUGGGGAAACCAUACUAUCAACGCACAAUUUAAAACCUGCAUUAGAGCUUUGUGAAUCUUGGCAAUCAAGACUUUCGAAGGACAAUGAAGAAACUAAAAAUAUAUUUAGAUUUAUAGAAAACGAGAUUAAUAAAUCGAGAGCAAAUAAGUUAAGUCACAAUAGAUACUACAGUAAGUUUCCUCCCGAAAUGAUGGAUGUCAUUUGUGAUAGUAAAGUAUUUAUUUACCCAGAAUUAUUGCCAAAAAUACCCUUUCGGUUAGAUUUGAGCAAUGGUGGUGUAAAGGAAUUCUUACUUUCUGAGCAACAGGUGGUAGCCAUCGAAUUACAUUUAUUUUAUAAAUACAUGCAAAAUAAUCCCCAACUAUAUAAAAAAGGACCAAGGCGAAAUUAUAGUUUGUUCAAUGCUGUACAACUUAUAGAAGAAUAUUUAAAGAAUGGUCGAAGUGCUAAAACAUUAUAUCGCCAAAUAAGAAACAGAUUAGUUAAAUCAAAGAAAGAUAACCCAAUCAAGUAUUAUUUUCGCCAUAAUAAACCACCUCCUACAGAACAUAUUUUACUUCCGUUUGAUCCAGAUUUAAUAGCAACUCCUCGGAAACAGCCAGUUGAUAAGUUACAUUAUAUUUGGAGGACUCAUAUCUUGAAACCUCCUGUAGAAGUAAAAAAGAAGAAAACUUCAUCUAGUUUUGUGCAACACCCUAUAAAAAUUACUCCACACAAAUUCAAUGAGUCAGAUAAUUUAUAUAAAGUUGAAGUAGGACAGUCAUUUUCUGAGGACGUAACAAUUAUUUCGGAUAAGUUAUCAGAAACUAUUAACAUUAUAGAUAAUAAUAAUUCAUUAUCAGUGUGUGAUGAAUCUGUGAAUCCUCCAUCUAAUAGCAUGCCGCUUCUAUUUGCAUCACCUGGUGCUAAGAAUUCAAACUCAAACUCAUCACCAGUCACACCACAAUCAACAAAAAAUGGAUUCUCAUCAAUGCCAAUGAUUACUUACAUCUCAACUCCAAUCAAUAAUUUAAUUUUUACAUCAUCUCAGCAAUCCAUGGAUCAUAUAUCAAAGAAUGAAGACAUCGCAAAAAAUAAUUUGGGCUUUCAUAUUAGAGAUCAGAUUUCUCCAAUUUUAAAGAAUGACGCAACGAAUAAUACAUUUUUGAAGAUAGUUAAUGUUGAAUCAUUACGAUGUGAAUGUGGAAAACCAUCCACAAAAAAGAUUUGUAGUAAACAAAAAUUGUUAACAGAUUAUUUCACACCAGUGCAAAAAGACUUAUCUAGUGAUAGUGAAAAUCAUAAAAGUAGCAGUUUUCAAGUAAUAUGUAAACUUAAAUUUUACAUUAAAAGUUACUUCAAGAGUCUUCUGAAUAAUAUAUACUUAGUAUAUAAUGUGAACCAUAGUAAAAAAUGUAUCAAGAGAGCAUUUGUUCAUAUACUCACAUUGGAUUACUUUUUUUCAAUAUACUUUCCAAAAAUGCUGCCAUUGGUAUCAAACUUCUUGAAUUUACAAGAUAUUAAAAGCUCUCCAUUUACGAGUUCAGAUGAAAUGAUUACCGAUACUAUUUUAGGUGAUCAUGAUAAAUCUAAUAAUUAUUUGGCUGAUGCAGAGAUUUGCCAUUUGAAAAAGAAGCCUGAACAACGGUCAUUUGUCAACCUACCCACAACAAAAUCAGAUGGGUCAAUUCUUCAUAAUUUUCCACUAAUUGAGAAUGUGUUGUCUCCAGAAUAUGAUACUGUAAAUGUUUAUUAUGAACAUGUAAAGAAUCAUUUAUGUACUAAAAAUCCUAAUGAUUUAAAUAGAUUUCACGAAAUUGUGAUGACGGUGAAUUCUAAUGAUAACCCUUCAGAAUUCUAUAAAAAAUUGGAGACAAUAUUUCUUCCUACUUAUCCACAUCUAUUGAAAGAAUUUCUUGUGCUACUUUUACCCAAUAAAGCAGAAAGAAUUUUAAAGUUUAUGGAGAUAUGUUUAAAUUCCAAUAUGGAUGAAUUUGUUGAAAUAACCACUAACUACUUGUCAGAACAUUCAACACAAUUUAAAAAAAUCUAUAUAGCUUUAUCUGAGUUAUCGGAUAUACCAGAUGUAUCACUAUGUGACGUAAUAUCUUCAGUAUUACCAUUAGUGAAAGAAAAUGCAGUAUUGAAAAAAUGGUUUUUACAGCUUUUUCCAUGCGAAAUGUUGGCAGAAAGGUAUAAUAGUUUUUUUGCAUGGAUGUUCAAAUAUGUUUCAUUGUAA